AUGGCCGCGACGUCUCCUCAGGUGCAGCAGCAGCUGCGGUGCGGCGUGAAGCUGCUCCUCCUCAGCGAUGAGCUGCUGUCGGGGCUGCGCCUCGUCAGCCCCAGCCAGAAAGCCCUGCAGCUGGAGGUGCAGCCGGGAGAGGAGGACGCCCAGCUGACCGUGACAGACGCUGAUGGCAUCUGUGUGCUUAAAUGCUUGGUUAACAGAAACACCGAAUACUGUCGUGUGGGAAAAGAGUCUUUGUUAAUUACACUGGGAUACAAGAGUGUCUUGCUUCGGUUCAAGUCACAAGUUGAAUACAACAUAUUUUCUAAUAUACUGAAGAUAUGCUGGAAACAAAAGAAGGAUACCUCUGUGUUCAGUCAGAGAACAGAUGAAGCAUCUGCUGCUCAGUAUUUUCAGUUUUAUGGCAGUCUGUCUCAACAACAGAAUAUGAUGCAGGAUUUUGUGAGGACGGCGACUUACCAUAGAGCUAUACUGCAGAACCACAUAGAUUUUAAAGACAAGGUGGUCCUAGAUGUCGGCUCUGGAUCAGGAAUCCUUUCGUUUUUUGCAGUGCAGGCUGGAGCUAGAAAAGUCUAUGCAGUUGAAGCCAGUUCAGUGACAAAAUAUGCAGAGCUGUUGGUGAGAAGUAAUAACCUUUCUGACAAGAUCACAAUCCUGCCAGGGAAAAUUGAGGAGAUCUCCCUGCCUGAGAGUGUUGAUGUGGUAAUUUCUGAACCAAUGGGUUAUAUGCUGUUCAAUGAAAGGAUGUUGGAAAGUUACCUCCAUUCCAAGAAAUGGCUGAAGUCAAACGGAAUGAUGUUUCCAACAUUUAGUGAAAUUCAUUUGGCUCCUUUUUCUGAUGAGCAGCUGUACAUGGAACGCUACUCCAGAGCCAAUUUUUGGUACCAAGAGUGCUUUUAUGGGGUCAAUUUGUCCAGUCUGUGCAGUGCAGCUGUGGAUGAAUAUUUCAGACAACCUAUUGUGGAUACUUUUGACAUGAGAAUUCUGAUGGCCCGGACAGUGAAGUACACCAUUAACUUCACAGAAGCUGCCGAGGAAGAUUUGCAUAGAGUGGAAAUCCCUUUUGUUUUCCAAAUGAUGCAGUCUGGACUAAUACAUGGUCUGGCCUUCUGGUUUGAUGUGGCAUUUGUAGGAUCACUGGUAACUGUUUGGUUGUCAACUGCACCAACAGAACCUCUCACUCACUGGUAUCAGGUACGCUGCCUUCUUCAGACGCCCCUCUUUGCUAAAGAAGGUGAAACUCUCUCAGGCACUGUCUUGUUUGUUGCAAAUAAACGACAAAGUUAUGAUAUUCAGAUUGUGGCUAUGGUGGACCAGACAGGAUUUAAAUCUGGUAACAUAAUUGAUUUAAAGAAUCCAUUUUUUAGGUAUGACUAGAAGUAGUAUAAUAUGGCACAUGAAAACAGAAAUAAGAAACUCACCAAGAUGAGCAACCAACAACACUGAAAUCUGUUCAGUACCUAGUACACCUACUAGUCUUUGUGUACAAUCAAUUUGUAACUGUACAUGUAUGUAAUAAUAAGAACAAUUAAAAAAGUGAUUAGCAUGAUAAUGGAA